CGUCCCCUUUCAAGUUAAAAAGGUUAACGUUCAAACGCGUUUUAAAAAGGCUUACUGAAAGAAAAAUCUUUACAAAGACGGUGUACCAUUUUGACGUUUGUCUAAUCUAAUUUUACGGAUUAUCGGAAAUAAGGAGAGGGGGAAAGAGGGAGGGAGAUUCGCUUAACUAAUAAAACGUUUAAUUCAACGGAGAGCCAAACGAUUUGUUUGACACGAACGACCGAUUGAAGCUUUGGAAUUGUCCUUCUCCCCCCCCCCCUCCUCCUCCUCCUCCUCCUCCUCCGUCGACGUCGUCAUUGUUUGUGGACGAGUUUACAGGCUUCUCUACAACAGGUGGCCUGGAAAUAGAAUCGUUUUCAAUUUUCUAUAACUAACAUUGAUCGUCGUGCGAGCAUCGAAAACGAGGAUCGAAAAUAUCCGAAAGCAAUUUCGAAAAAUCAAAAGUUUUCGUAAUUGCUACGAUAUCGGACGGCAAAUGGUCAACGAUCGAUAGUUUUCGAGUGGGUCCAUCCAUUCAAAAAAUAUUGAAUUUCGAUAGAAAGAGUAGGAAAGUGUUCAUCGAUCGUUGACCGGCUUAUUUCACACGUUAAACCACAUUGGCUAGUGACAGACGUUGCUCUUCUUUUCCUUUUUAUUUGGUCAGCCUCGACUACUUAAUCGAAUUCAUUAAGGGCCACUGUAAAAAGUCGUUUUUAUGGUCAAGCGUCCAUAAAAUGGAACGCGUUUCGCGUUAAUCUCGGCUCUUACUCGUGACCGGCCGAUGCGGAGAAAUCCGAGCUGAAAAUUUUCUUCCUCGGCGGAUACAAUGACCUCGGCUGUUCAUCUAUUUUUAUCGCUCUUUUUUCUUCAUUUCUGUUCUUUUCUUUUUUCUUCUUUCUCCUUUUUUAUUCUUUUAGAAGGACGUCGAUGAAAAAACCGUUUCUUCGGUAGUCAUUGUCCUUUUGACAAGGAAGAGCCUAAAGGUACGUACAUACAUACUCGUAUAUAGUAAAUUCCUCUUUUAUUAUAGGACUGAUAGAAAAAGAUAAAGGAAAGGCUGAAGAGAACUAAGACAUAUUUUGCGUGCCCUUCCAACAUUCUCCUCCUUCCCCCCUCCCCCACUCUCUUUCUCUCUCUCUCUCUCUCUCUCUCUCUCUCUCUCUCUCUGGCCUUCGUCGAAUCGUCGAAGCUGAAAAUCUAAUAUCGGAUCUAAUCGUCGUGGAGUUAGUCGUAAAGAGGGCUCGCGCAGGCAUUCUCGCGUCCUUUAUAUCGAAUUAUCGAGCGCCUUAGUUUCUGCGCUAAGGAAGAUGGCUGUUUCUAGGACUCUUUCUCGACCCGAGGAAAAUCGCAUUCCUGUCUGUCGCAUCCGUGACAUUAACCAUAUCAGCAUGAUUCUCAUCUAGUCUUAAGGAUAUUCGUCGUCUUUUGUCCGUAGCUAAAUGUGACUUUAAGAGAUAGAUAGAUAUGGGCAAAAGACGUACUACGAGCGCACUAUUAUAAGACUAUCCCUAUCAUUUUAUAAGUUCGCGUAGAUUAUUUACAAUUUUAUGAUUCCAUCGAAUCGAUCAACGAAGAGUAUGAUCAGGUACGUAAGCAUUUUAAAUGUCCAGUUAAAAGUAGCAAGAAAAGAUUUUGUUAACGCAUUGAAAUAUGCCACCAGAAGUUUAGCUCGGUAGUAGUUGCGUUGAUAUAAUCCAGAUAUAGACUUCGACGGACCGUAAGUAAUACUAAAUAAAAUUAAUGGAUCAGAAAAUUUGAGAAUCGUCUUGGAACGGAAGCAAAACACAUGUUUCGUGUCGUUACGCGUCAAGCGUUUUAUACGAAAAUCAAUAAAUGGCUGUAAAAAGCUUUAUUUCGAUGCAUAAAUUAUUUAAAAAAAAAAAAAAUAUAAUGUUUCACAGGCACGAUUUAAUUUUAUUAUUUUUAUCAAAGAAAAUGGCUAUACAUCCUUUAAAAAGUUAUCUUGUUCCUGAAAAUCGGUCAAGAAUUACGCGUGUACUCGUUGUUGGCGUAAACUAUUAUACAAAUCGGUGGAAGGGGCGAUGAACGAUCUUAAGCUUCCUCGUCUUCCUCGUUUCGCAUGUUACAGUGUUCUUUUCUUCUAAUCGCGCGUUCCUCGUAGGCAACCGGAUUAUAUCGUUUCUCACGGAAUUCACUUUUCCAGUCUCGUUAUUUCCUUCUUCCUAAUCUUCUUUCUCGUCCAUUUAGUCUCGCUCCUUGGACUUUUUUUUCUUCGAUCUUCUGCUUUAGCCUCUUCAUGGGACGAAACGGAAUUAAAUUCCGCGGUUCCCUUUCAUUAAUUAAUGGAUAUCGAGCGUAGGCCAAACUCCUCCUUUUUCUCGUGCUGCGUUGAGCGAUGCUGGACGACGAUGACGACGACGACGACGACGACGACGACGACGACGACGACGACGACGACGACGAGAACAAAGGAUUUCUUCUCUCUCUUUUUCUUAAGUCAAAAAGGAUUCGAUUAAACGUUUAUCGCGUCCGAGCGCCGACCAAUCGAAUCCGCGAAGGAUCGCUAACGAGCCGCACAAAAGCUCUGAGAUUUUUCAUUUACGUUAAAGGACCGUGCGCGCGCGUGGAAAGCUCGUUCGAAAAACUUUUCCUUUCUCUCGUUAAAGGAAGAUAUACUUUCGACCCUUUUUCCAUUAAAGAAAAGCGAUGCUCGAGAAUGGAGAAAACGCACGUUCACCUUUCUCGGUUUAGCGGUUUUCCACGUCGAAAGAAGAAAAAAGAAAAAAGGUAGAAGAAAAGAAAAUUUCAAGAAUCUUAUUAGGACAACGCCGACGCAAGCAAUCAAUGGAAAGCCGAGAAGACGAGACUGACAAUGAGCGAGCGAGUCCCGUCUUAACGCGCGAUAGAAUUUCAUUAAUGUUAACGCGGAGAGAUAGAAGAAGAGGAAGAAGAAGGCAUUAUACGUGCCCCGAGAUAGAGGAAAACUCGUAAGAAGAUUUGUCCGAGACGAUAUCAAAGUCCUUCGGAUACGAGAGACUGCGCCGAGAAAGAGACGUCGUCCUUGAAAAUCAAAUGGGAUGGGAAGAGAGUCGCGAGAAAAGUAGCUGACGUCUUCUCUAAUAGAUUUCGUUGAUUAAUCCAAUCGUCGCGAUCUGUUAUACCUGUUCUGCGAGGAAACGAGAGAAGGUACCUAGAAGCGUUGAAAAGGAAUCUACCUAAAUAUAUCAAGAGAAAUGCAUAUAAGUAGUGGAAUAUCUUUUAAAUGAUUCAAGAUAGGAGAGAGUAGCUAUUAAAAAACCGACUGGAUCUUUCUCUUGACUGGCGCCAUACCUCCCUUGUUACUUCUAAUUAAGAAUGAAAUAUCGAAGAGUUUGGACGCGGAUGUUUAUAUUUCAAAGAUACGUGCGCGAUGUGUGUCGCUUCUUCGAUAGGUCGUAUGAAUAGACGCGCGGUAGCCAUAGGUAGGUAUACCAAGAUUGAAAGGACAGGAAAAUAGGAAAUAGAUAGGGAAGCAGACUGCCUUUCUCGCGAAAGAUGCGAAAGAACGUACGAAGAAGAGCUUUCAUGCUAUUCUUCCCCUAUCUGGGUUCUUAUUUCGAACGCCGCCGCGGUCGUCUCGACUUUCUUUUCUCUCUGCUUAAGAGAUUCUUAAUAAUGAAUAUCUCUUUGAAUGGAGCCGGGCUGCGAUGUUUUUAGAAAAGAGCGCGCCGUAUCCGAGUGAUCCCUCCUCCCUCUUUGCUCCUACUUUCUUCUUCUACUUCUUCUUCGUCGAGAGAAACGUGUGCGAGAGCGGUUCCAACCAUAAUGUCAACAAACCGCGAUGGGGAAAAGCUUUCGCGCGAAUACCAACCACAUACAUAAUUGACCACUUUUAUUUCCCUCUCUUUCUUUUCCGUGCGAAUCUUCUCUCUUCCCCUCUCUGUCUCUCCUCUCUCUGCGAACCCUGCGCCGUAGAAAAGCAACGGAAGAGAAGCAUCGGCAGGACUCUUUGAGAUCCAGCCAUAUUCUUCUCUCUAUAAUCGAGCACUCGUUUUUCAUUUUCUUAGACCCUUCUCGGACCCUUUCACGUAUGAAAGCUGCUCUAUUGUAACUACCGAUGUUUGCGCAAACCCCAAAGACUACGAGCUCGUUUCACUUAACCAUUUUCUAGCUGGUGCUGGAACGGUCUUCUUCAGUGCUCGUCUUCUUCUCGACCAAGAACGAAGAGAUAUUUCGCACUCCUCGAAAACUCUCUAGAAGAAGUUUGAUUCGAUUUCGAAUUCGCUAGCUGCUUUGUUUCAAUAUUCGAUAUAUCGAUCCGAGUCCGAGUUUCGCGGGGUCAACGACGAUGACGGGGAAUGCUACCGAGGAUGAGGAAGAGGAAGAGGAAGAGGAAGAGGAACGGGAAGAGGAACGGGAAGAGGAAGAGGAAGAGGAAGUCUAAGCGGAAAGGCAGCGGUUAUAGCAACAGACGAUCCUGAUGCGCGGCGGUCUCUUCGAUAGAAGAAGAUAAAAGGAAUUCGUAGCUCUCUCGAUGAUCCUCCCAUUUGGAGGGAUUGUUCGUGGAGGGACGGAGGAAAAGAAAAUUAAACGGGGAAGUUUCAAGAAGUAGGAGGAAGAGGAAGCGGAGGAGAAGGAGGAGGAGGACGACUUCCGAGCUCCGCGACCGCUCGCGGAGGAUCGUCGUCGUCCUAGACGUACGACACAGGUACGCCCUUGAGAAUGGAAGUGAGGAUUCGCGCGGAUAGGAUCAGCGUGGUAGCAGAACCGAGCGGCGGAUAUCGAGAAUACGAGGAGAGUGCCCGAGUUGUGGAAGAGAGGAAAAAGCUGGAGGAGACGGAGGAGGAGGGGGAGGAGGAGGAGGAGGUCAGCGAGGUACGAGGAGGAGAAGGAGGAAGAGGGUGGGAAGGGCCCCACAGAUGCGGGGCCCGGCGCGGCGGCGAGUCCGCGGCGGCGUGACGCGAUGCGGACGUCCUCCUCCUCGUUUCCGAGGAAGAGGAAGACGAGAGAGGAGCCCGAGUCGGGGACUGGAAGAGAGUCGUUGUUUCGCGAAUCGUUCCGCGAAACGCUCGAGUCGCGAAUCCCAAAGGAUCUCCUCGAGUUCGAGGAUAAGGAAAAUAUUCUUCGGCAAAGUUACCGAAGGAAAAACGCAGGUACUAGUCGCGGAUUGCCGACGGCCUUGCUAUUCGCGGUCGUCGGUACUUUGCUCCUUGCCGGUCAAUGUCGAGAAAGUCUCGCGGACGCUUUGGCGGCCAAUCAAAAGUACAGUACUCGUACGGUCACGACGAGAUACGGGACCCUUCGAGGAGUCGUCGCGAGAUCGUCGCCGAACGUCGAGACCUAUUACGGCGUGCCUUACGCGACACCGCCGCUCGGAGCUCUACGAUACAUGCCACCCGUCACUCCGACGCCCUGGCGUGGCACCAAGUUCGCCGACACCCUACCACCGGCUUGCCCUCAGAAUCCCCCGGAACCGGACGAGAGCCUACCGAAAACCAGGCGUGCCUAUCUUCAGAGGAUAGCGCCUCUCUUGGCCAAUCGGAGCGAAGACUGUCUCUAUCUCAACCUUUAUGUUCCCAAACCCUUGCACGGUAGUACUACGGAUUUGCUGCCAGCGCUUCUCCUCAUUCACGGUGAUUCCUAUUCGUGGGGUGCCGGAAAUUCGUUCGAUGGAACCUCUCUGGCCGCUCACGGACGUCUAAUCGUCGUUUCCAUCAAUUUUCGCAUCGGCGUGCUCGGAUUCCUAAAGACCGGAUCGAAAGGAAACGCUCAAGGAAAUUACGGACUGAUGGAUUUGGUGGCGGGACUUCAUUGGUUACGCGAGAACAUCGAAGCUUUCGGUGGCGAUUCGAGAAGAUUGGCACUACUUGGUCACGGUACCGGAGCAGCACUGGCCAAUUUUUUAGCCGUCUCACCGAUGGCCAAAGAGUUGGUCGAGAGAGUGAUACUGCUCGGUGGUUCGGCCCUUUCACCGUGGGCGAUUCAACGCGAUCCGCUUACGGUGAAACAUCUAGUCGCCGAACAAACCGGCUGUCCCGCCGACGACGAAGUCGACGACAUCGCACCGUGCCUUCGUUUGCGAAGCCUCAAUGAUCUUCUCAACGUCAAGUUCGAUCCGCCAAGAUUUACUUCCGGUUUCGCGCCUUUCGUCGACGGAGCCGUCCUGCCGCAACCGAUAAACCAGAACUUUCAGCCCACUGCCUCUUCCGCGGGAUUGAUGCCCCUUGUGCCAGGACCCGGCGCGGAAUUUGCCAAUUUCGGUAAUCGGGAUCUCUUACUCGGUUUAACGUCCGACGAAGCUUGGGUUAAUCUUACCGACGAGGAUCUACAGAACGGGCUAAACGAGACCAGGAGGGAUCGCAUCCUUCGCACCUACGUGCGAAAUACUUAUCGUUAUCACCUGCACGAGAUAUACUCGACCCUACGCAACGAGUACACAGAUUGGGAGAGAGGAGAGCAAAACGCCUCGGCUAUUUGCGAGGGUCUUUUGUCGCUUCUCGGAGAUGGUCAAGUUGCAGCGCCUCUCCUCAGAUUGGCCCUUCUUCAUUCUACUUCCGGUGGACGCGGAUACUUUUUACACUUUCAACCGGGCGAUCGACCUAGUCAAAAAGGCGAGGAACUUCCCUAUCUCAUGGGUAUACCACUCCUUCGAGGAGAUUUCAGCUUGUAUUCCUUGGCCAACUAUACUCUCGCCGACGAGAACCUGUCCAGACUACUCGUACACUACUUGGCCAACUUUGUAAGACGCGGGUCGUGGUUGUACCUAUUUUGCGCCCGUUGUCAUGGACGCGACGAUACACCAUCGUGGGAGCCACCUGGAUGGAAAAGAGCCUGUCCUCAGCCAUUCUGUCCGAGCUAUCGAAAGUUUGCAAGAGUUCUUUGCCUUUUCCUACUCGGUCUGCUAGUUUGGGGUAUCGUCUAUUCGAUAGCCGGAAAGGACGCAGCACCCGGAGGUCCUCUCUUCGGUCUUGCCACUCUCUGCAUAGCCGCGCACUUUGGAGGAUGGCUCUUUUCCUUGACGACUCUACCAGCUUUGAUCGGGAUGCUGAUCACGGGGAUGAUACUGAAAAACGCCAACCUCAUCAGCAUCGACGACCGUUACGCCAUCGUCGUCUCCAACUUGCGAAAAAUCGCACUCGUAAUCAUCCUAACCAGGGCAGGAUUGGAUCUCGAUCCAAUAGCAUUGAAGAGACUGAAAAUCACCGUUCCAAAGUUAGGCCUGAUACCAUGGUUCGUCGAAGCCGGUAUGAUCGCAGUUUUGACGAGAUAUCUCAUAGGAUUACCAUGGAUCUGGGGUUUACUACUCGGAAGUAUAAUAGCAGCCGUAUCUCCAGCCGUUGUGGUACCUUGUCUCUUCAGAUUACGCGAGAGGGGCUACGGCGUCGCAAAGGGUAUCCCGACGCUGAUCAUAGCAGUAGCUGGAAUCGACGAUGCUGCGUCGGUAGCAAUAUAUGGCAUCGUAAAGAGCGUCAUGUUUUCUCACGAUGCGCUUUGGUAUCAGAUUCUUCAAGGACCUAUCGCUAUAAUCGGUGGUCUCGGCUUCGGUAUACUCUGGGGUUGUUUGGCGAAAUACGUUCCGGAAAAGGGUGACCCCUUCAUGGUGCCCUUAAGGGUAUUGAUGCUAUUAGGAGGUGGAAUGGUCGCUGUCUUUGGAAGCGAAGCUAUCGAGCUCGGUGGUGCUGGACCUCUUGCCGUAGUUGCCGCAGCCUUCGUCAGCUGUUACUUUUGGCAAAAGGACGGUUGGGAAGUGGACGACAAUCCCGUGGCAACGUCCUUCGAGAUCUUCUGGAUGAUAUUCGAGCCGAUUCUCUUCGGGAUCACCGGGACGCAGAUAUCGAUCGCCGAGCUGAAAGGAAAAACCGUCUAUCUUGGGAUCAGUUGUCUCAUAGCCGGUAUCGUUAUUCGGAUAAUCGUGACGAUAUUCGUAGGAAUUCGUAGCAAGCUCAAUACGAAAGAAAAAGUCUUUAUCGCUCUCUCGUGGAUGGCAAAAGCUACGGUGCAGGCGGCAUUAGGACCGGUCACUCUCGACGAGGUUAAUCGGGAUAACGCCGAGCAGGUCGAAUACGCGAACACGGUACUGACCCUUUGCGUUCUUUCUAUUUUAUUAACGGCACCGACCGGCGCGAUCAUCAUAUCGUUGUCCGGUCCAAAAUUAUUGACAAAAACGACGACCCCUAGCGCACCGCCGGACGCUUGGAAAACGAGAAGACCCUCGAUACGAGAUAUUUCGAUCAUCAACGAGGAUCCCGAUCUCGAAGAAACUGCGAGCGAGAGGAAACCUUGAUUAAUUUUCUUUCGACCUUUGCCUUCUUUCUUCUACUUUAUAUUCUUCUUCUUACGUUCAUUCGUUUGUUCGUUUACUCGUUGUCUUUUUAUCGACGGAUGCCUCGAGAAGGAAAUACGUAUCCUUGCCUCCUUCUCCGUGUGUCGUAAUUCUUUUUUUUCUUUUUCUAGCUAUUACGUUUCGUUUAUUAUCUCGCAGCGUAAAUGGGAAGCUGUGUGUAUGUACGUACAUGUGCGCGCGCGCGCGCAUGUGUGUGUGUGUAUGUGUGUGUGUGUGUGUGUGUGUGUGCGCGCGCGUGUGGUGAGAGCGCAAGUACCUCCUCUACGCGUAAGUACACAAGAGUUCGAACCUUCUUCGGUCUCCGGGAAGAGAACUUUAUUUCGUAAGGUCAAUGCGAACAAAUAAUAGAAAAAGAGAAGGAGAAAGAAAAAAACUUAGUCUCUUACGUGCGUCCUUCUUCUCGAUGAAGAAGAUCGUAGUCUCCUUGAGAAAAGUCAUCCGAUACAAUUCUUCGCGUUUCUAUUUUUACUCGGUUGUCUGAUGUCGCGGAUAAAAAGUUGAAAUUUUUCCUCGAAUUUGCCAUCCUUUCGAGUACCGAAGGAAUAAAUAAACCGUGUACAAAACGCGACAUAAGAGUCCUUGUUGUACUAUCGACGUUUUUUUUUGUUUUCUCUUUUUGACUUACUUCCUGGUCAAUCGAUAUAACAUAUUUUAUAUUCAACGAGGAAAAGGACAAGGCAAUGUUGCAUUUACAAUGAAAAUUAUAUUAAGAAUGAAAAAAAAAUAAAGUUAUUUUGACUCGUCGAAUGAUAACGAAACAAUAUUAUAUAAACUUAGGGAAAUAAGAUGAGAAAAUAAGGUUUAUACGUGUAUGUACAUAUUUGCCCACAUCCAAAGGUUCGAUUUUGUUUGUAUAUUUUUGAAUCGUAGAGAUCUCUGUAAGAUUAGACGCGUUAUGAUUAUAUAGAUUUCCAAUCGCGUGUAGAUAUUUGUACAUAUUUUCUGCGCUUACAUGCCGCUUAUCACCUAUUACACGAGAGUGCGAUGACAAAGAUAACGAGUUAAACAUAGUAUAAUAAGAAUCCAUCUAUAAUCUAGCGAGGAUGAUAUUUUAUAAACGUAAUCAACAAUUGAACGCUCUCAAAGUUAAUCGACGAUACGAUUAAAAUGAUAUAUGACGUUUCUUCGCGAGAUAAGAUUUUCGGAUAUAUAUAUAUAUAUAUAUAUAUAUAUAUAUAUAUAUCUAUAUAUAUAUAUAAUAAUAAAAGUAUUUCUGCGAUCAGUCUUUGAGCGAUAUCUUCUUUCUCCUUAUCGUUCGUCCUGUUCCAAGAAGAAACGAUAGUCUACGAAGAAAAGAAAUAAAAGGAGAAAUAUGCAUGGAGAAACAGGAAAAUUAGUGCGGCUGGCACAACUUUCCGAAACCUCACUAUUCUUUGCCCGGUAACUACUUCGGAAGUUCGAAGAUGAGCGAAGGAACGAAGCUGAUGAAAUUGUGAUGCUGCCAUGGAUUCUUUUUCUUUUUUUUUUUCUUUUCCUUCCUUUUCUUUUCUUUUCCUUCGGAAAUCCAAAAACUACAAGUACCGUGGUAAAUCUACAAAUGUGAGUAUAGUUGAAUAAAAGAGAAACGAUAACAGAGAAAAGAGAAAUAUUUUUCUAGAAAAAUGACUUUUUAAUCAAAAUCCUUUGAUACUUUUUAUCCGCAUGCUCUUGUACCAUUUAUAUAAUGAACAAUUAUCGUUUAUAAAGCUUAGCCGUACGGUAGAAGGGAAAGGAAAAAUACGAUAGGUUUGUCGCAUUGUAUAAAACUAUACGCUAUCAUUUAGGACACAUGUCUCCGAGCGUGUUGCUUCUUCGUAACAAAUUGUAAAGACUCCCUCUUUCUUUCCCCUCUCACUCAUUCACUCUCUCUCUCUCUCUCUCUCUCUCUCUCUCUCUCUCUCUCUCUCUCUCUCUCUCUCU